AUGGGACAAAGCUUUGUGACCGCCAUUGACCUCCCAUCAGGAAUCAGUCGGCCGCAAGGUCUGAAGUUUGCGUCCAUUUGUGGAGUGAAUGGCAAGGCAGUGGCGGCACCUCGCAAUGCUGAGAAGAUUUUGGUGGUGGACCCUGCUACUGGGCAGGCUUCCUCAAUCGACCUCCCAUCAGGAAUCAAUCCGGAGCAAGGUUGGAAAUUUGAGUCCAUUUGUGCAGUGAAUGGCAGAGCAGUGGCGGCACCUCGCAAUGCUGAGAAGGUUUUGGUGGUGGACCCUGCUACCGGGCAGGCUUCCUCCAUCGACCUCCCAUCAGGAAUCAAUCCGGAGCAAGGUUGGAAAUUGGAGUCCAUUUGUGCAGUAAAUGGCAGAGCAGUGGCGGCACCUCGCAAUGCUGAGAAGGUUUUGGUCGCAGAACUUCCUCGGUCCUCCACCUUGGAUGUUCAGCUGGAGGCCAGCUGUGUCCACCACGCCCCUGAGUUUCCUGAAUUUGUGGCGGCUGUGCUUAGCAAAUGGAUCUAUUCCGAUGAUUUGGAGCCGCCUUGCACCAUCCCUAACACAAGCCUCGCAGUUCACCAAGUGAUUCAGCCUGGAGAUUUGGGUGCAGCUUUGAAGAUGGCAACUGUCACUGCGACUUUGCCAACUGAAAGGGUGCUAUUCGUGAUAUUCAAGGGCACUUCGUACAUCUUGGACUUUCUCAACUGGAACCUUGAACUUGAUCACUCGAUCACCGGAGACAAGGACUUUUUCGCCCAUAGUGGUGCGGCAGGCACACUGCGGAAAGCUCAUUUUUGGAAGAGCAGUGCAUUCGCAGAAAGGUUGAGAUCUGCAAGAGCCAAUGGCGUGCGGAAGGUGGUGUUUACUGGUCAUUCGCUGGGUGGGAUGUAUGCCCAGAUGUCGCUGUAUUUGGCUUGGAAGAGUCUCAAAGGCCCUCCAUCGGACGAAAGGGAGGUUCUGGAAUCCUUCGACCUGAGAUGCUGCGUCUUCGGCUCGCCGAUGGUUUUUGGUGGUUCCUCGCAGCAGGCCAAAGAGUUUCGCACCUUUGUCGGGCAGUGUGCCUGCAACUACAUCCAUGCCGAUGAUCCAUGUGCCCGCGCCUGGAGUGCCAUCAACCUCCAACAAUUUGUGCGGCAAGCCUCACUAGCGGCACGGAAGGGAUUGACAAAUGAGCUGGGAAGUGUCAAGGGGUCCGUGGUUUCUAGGGUCGUGGAGGGGAUGGUAAGCAGGGUGAUGAACCGACCUGACUUCUAUGUCAUCGAAGACUUCGCACGAAAAUACGAGCACUUUGUACCGUUGAAGGUGUUGAGCAGAAAGUUGCAGUUUGCUCGCUGGAAGGAAUUCAAUCUGAAUUCAGAAUGUUUCAAGGACCACUACAUGGAGAACUAUGUCGACAAACUUUUUGAUGCAUUAGAUGACAGUCGACCGGAAUGCUACAUUCAUAGCAUCAUGCCUUGA